AUGUCUGACUGGGAUACUAAAACUACUAUCAUUGGAUCAAAAGCCCGUAUUGGAGGUGGUGGUCCAAGAGCCAAUGUUGCAAGAACUCAAGCUGAAAUCAAUGCUGCCAGAAGAUCAGGUCAAGUUUUAUCAGUUGAUAAAAAAUAUGGUUCAACAAAUACAAAAGGUGAUAAUGAAGGUCAAAGAUUAACCAAAAUUGAUAGAGAAACUGAUGUUGUUGCACCAAAAAAAAUUGAUGUUAGUGUUGGUAAAACAAUUUCCAAGGUUCGUACAGAAAAAAAAUUAUCACAAAAAGAUUUAGCAACAAAAAUUAAUGAAAAACCAAAUGUUGUUAAUGAUUAUGAAGCUGGUAGAGCUAUUCCAAAUCAACAAGUCUUGGGUAAAUUAGAAAGAGCUUUAGGUGUUAAAUUAAGAGGUAAAAACAUUGGUGAACCAUUAUUUGGUCCAAAAAAGUAG